CCCUCAUGGAGGGAUGAAUUAUGCAGUCUGACUCUCACAGGUCCUAGUACACUGAGCAUGAUCUCCCAUCACAGGCAGAUGUAAGCACUGCAACGACAGAUGGAGCAGUUAGGGUUUGGCAGUGGGAACAACUAAAUGUUCAAACUUUCAAAUGUCUUUCACAUGGGAAAGUCAAGGAAAUCAUGUUUAUGAACCUGACAAAUGGAAGCUGCCAUAUUCCACUGGAGACAGAUCGGGUUGGACUAACAUACAUCUACAGCCUAGCUUUUUCUCUGGGUCUGCCAGCGAAUCUGCUUUCACUGUGGGGACUUUACCAGCUGGGCCGCUCAAGCAGAGGUAGCCCUCAGCUGGUUUAUAUCCUCAACCUCUUGCUAUCAGAUUUUCUCCAGUUGAUCACCUUGCCUCUGUGGAUCCUCUACCUACAGAGAGCUCAUCGCUGGCCCUACGGUUCCAUCACCUGUCAGUUGGUGGGCUACGUCUUCUAUGUAAACGUCUAUGCAAGCAUCAUCUUUCUGUGUCUCAUAGCACUGGACCGCUGUCUGGCCAUUGUAUACCCAUUAAGUAGCCGUCGUGUGAGGAAGAUGCGGCUGUCUGCAUUCUCUGGUAUAGUCGUCUGGACUCUUGUAUUCCUGUUCUGUCUAACUGGUCUCUACCCAUCUGUAUUUGAGCCCCAGAAGGGCUUGUGUCUGGAGCAGUAUCCUGUCACUCCAAAAUAUGCUUACUUUAAAAUAGCCACAGUGGUACUGGGUUUCCUGAUGCCAUGUUCUAUACUUGGCUGCACUUCUGCCAGAAUCGGGGUAACCCUCCGUAACUCUCCCUCCAUCUCUGAUCAUGAGCGCAACAAAAUUGUGGGCACCUUAACAGUCAUCACCAUCAUCUUCAUCGUGGUCUUCGGGCCCUAUCACAUGGUGGGAGGUUAUAGAUUCAUAUCGCUGCUUCUAACUGAAGAUCAAUGUACCUUGGAACGCUCUAUCUACUUGUACUACAGGAUCUGCUACGGACUCACCAGUCUUAAUACACUGUUAAAUCCCCUCUUCUAUAUUUUCCUUUGUCAGAACGCUCGUCUUGAGCUCCAGAGAUCUCUGCCCUGCCUCCCGUGCCCACAUAGGUCUGAGGGGCCAUGAAUUUUGACCCAGAAGAUGUGUGGAGUCUGGAGGCAGACUGGUUUCUUUGUGUAAAAAAAACCAAAAACUUCAGGUUUUUUUUUUUUCCAUGAAAAAAAAGAUGCUUAAAAGGCUUAUUGGGUAUUUUUCAUUGGUAACCUUUCAGUGCUCUGAUUGUAUCUGUUGCGUCAUUGGAUCUGCUGGUAUGAGAGUCAUGCAAAUGAUAUGUAUCAUGCAGUUAUAUAGGUUUCUGUGCCAAGAAUUCAGAAGUCAGAAGAAGAAGUCAGAAUUCCGCAAAAAAAUUUUCCUUGUUUCAGUUUCAGACAGUUCCGAAGAGCGAUAGAAGGAAAAUGUGCAUGUAUUUUGUUUACCAUAGUGAUUUUUUUCAGAUUUCUAUACAUUUCUGCUUUUUAAACUGGACUACCUUUACUAAAGUGAUAUAAAAUUAAAGCAUUUUUUCAUGAUCUUUCUUAAAAUCUGGUUACACUUGUGCUGUAUUUGUAUUGAACAUUUGGUGCUGAUUAACAUUUCAUUCAUAUUACUCAUCAUCAAUUUGGGUCCAGCUUAUUCUCAUGUGCUAAUCCACGAACAUUAUUCUGAGUUUGUGUAUCACAAGACAAAUUCAGAUUUAUCUUCCACUUACAUAAGGAUCAAUCCCUUGAGCUGAUUCCCAAUAUCAGUAUUUCAUUUACAUAAGAAUAAAAAAACACAUGUAGCUAUUAAUUUUAUCAUUGCCCUCUGUCUAGUAAUUAUCUGUCAUUCAAAUGAUGUUUAUUACAUGUUAAGGAGAAUUGUUCAAUACAAUUCUGUCCUCAUGCUUGAGCUUUUGACCUUUUCAUGAUUACUUUUCUAAUCAGUUUGUUUCCACACAGAUCUGUGGUUGGUAGAAGAGAGCAAC